AUGGAGGAGAAGAAGUCGCCGUACUGGAAGUAUAGGACGGCUUCCUAUUCUCCGGUGGCCAACUCACCCUCUGAGGAAGUCUUACUCGAGUUUCCGAGGCCGAAAAGGAAAUGUUGCUCGUUUUGUACGAAUCGUUGCUGUGGGAUAUGUACAUUAAUCGCCAUAGGAGUCCUCGCUAUUUUGUUGAUUGCUUGGGGUGGUAAUCCUGCUGAUAUUCAACUACGCUACUCUCUUCUCUUCAACAAGCUGGCUGGUCCUGAUAUGAUUAUACCGCCAAUUUCUUCAAACGUUACUUUCGAUUCAAGAGCUAUCAUCGUGGCCCAGCAACGAAGGCUUCUUAUUGCUGGAUCUAUUCAUUAUCCACGAUCUCCACCAGCAUUAUGGCCAUAUCUGUUAACGAAAAUGCGCUCAGCCGGUGUGAAUGUAUUGGACACCUAUGUGUUUUGGGACCUUCAUGAGCCUCAGGAGGGAGUGUUUGUUUGGGAUCAAGGCCAAGCGAAUCUACUUGGAUAUCUGGCAUAUGCUCAGCAAGCAGGUUUAAUGGUCAACCUUCGACUGGGUCCUUAUGCUUGUGCCGAAUACAAUAUUGGUGGAAUGCCUGCGUGGCUGGCACGAAAGCCUGGAAUCCAGUUCAGGACAUAUAAUAAGCCAUGGAUGAAUGCCAUGGAAACUUUCACUACUCAGGCUAUGAAUGCUGUGCGACCAUAUCUUGCGAUAAACGGUGGUCCAAUCAUCUUACUGCAAAUCGAGAACGAGUAUGGAGCAUGGCUAUGGAAGAACUUCCCUUAUGGCCAUCCGUAUAUCAAUUGGGUAGCUCGAUUGGCUCAAAAUCUUGAGCCACAAAUGCCAUGGCUUAUGUGUGUCCAAGGCGACAUUCGCUCAGUCAUAAACACAUGCAAUGGAUUUUACUGUGAUUCGUCGAUACAUUCCCAUCGACAAAUCUUCCCAAAUCAACCAGACAUGUUUACAGAAUUGUGGAUUGCAUGGUUUCAGUUAUGGGGUGAACCACAUCCUACUCGACCUGCUCAGGAUGUAGCAUUUUCCGCUGCUAGAUUCUUUGCAAAGGGUGGAACUUAUGUUUCUUAUUACAUGUGGCAUGGAGGUACCAAUUUUGCUCGGCAUUCAGGAGGUCCAUUACUAUUAACAGCUUAUGAUUACGACGCGCCAUUGAAUGAAUAUGGAUUUGCGAAUGAACCAAAGCAAUCGCAUUUAGCUAGUCUCAAUCGCGUAUUAGCUCAAUAUGAGAGUGUCAUUGUUAAUACUGAUACCCCUGUAGCUUCACAAGUCGGUGACGUGGAACUGCACUUGUAUGGACUCGCGACAUCAACCCAAUUACUAUUUUGCAGUAAUCUAAACACCAAUGCAGCAGACACUAUAACAUACGCCGGGCUCAACAUCACUAUGCCACCGAAAUCAGUCUCAGUAGUCAUAAUGGAAUCUGGACGAGUACCUCGUGUCGUAUAUAAUACCGCAACACUGCCAGUAGUAACCAGCUCUGUGAAAUGGCAACAGAUAUCAAGCUAUAACAUUACAGUUGCACCAACCAAUAUAUCCUAUAUCAGUGAACCGGUUGGUAAAGCAACUGUGGAUUCAGCAGCAGUGUAUUCAGCAAACCCGAUAAAUCAAUUCCUGAUUACGAAUGAUACGACGGAUUAUAUGUGGUAUGUGUGCUCUGGAGUCACGAUAUCUGGAUGUAGCAGUGCCACAUCGAAAAGGAAGCGUGACAACACUACAUCAACAAUGGACAAUAUGUUGUGGUGGGAGCGAUAUGAUGCCACUACGAGCAGUAAAAUAGCAUGUCAAAUCACCUUUUCAUUCUCUGAUGGUGGACCACUAGAUCUCGGAUAUGCAUAUAUAGAUAAUCAGUAUCUAGGAAUGUUGCCUGGGAAUGGUACUACGUCUACGUUCCCAGUGUCGCAGCUGAAUAGCUCUACGACGCAUACUAUAUCGAUACUGUCAGUGUCUGAUGGUAUAGCGCAUUAUAAUCAGCACAUUGAGGCUAUUACGAAAGGGAUUACGGGUCGCGUUACUGUGAAUGGUAAUGAUAUGACUAAUUGUGGAUGGAAUAUGAGGCCUGGAUUGAGAGGAGAGCAGUAUCAGUUUCCCACAAACACAACUGCUCCAUGGACUAAACCACUCACAAACAGCACCGUAAUUCCUAGCCUCCCACUAACAUGGUACAAACUUACCUUCCCAAUAACCUCCUUCUACCCACAAAUAACACCAACACUCUCAACAAACCUCACAACCUACGUCCUGGACUUGGCCUCCAUGAAACGCGGUGUAGCCUACGUAAACGGAUAUAAUAUAGGACGAUACUGGUCACAGCUCGCCACUAACGUGACUUCAUACGACACAUACCCGUCAUGUGUGCCAGUAGGGACGGCGCCAGUAUGUGACUAUACACAAACGUAUUCGAAUCAGGUGUGUCGUGUUGGAUGUGGGUAUGCUAGUCAGAGGUAUUAUCACGUGCCCGCGUCGUGGUUGUAUCCUGGCGGAGGGAGUACGAAUCAGAGUGUUGUGAACGUGGUCUUGUUGGAGGAGGUUGGUGGGGAUGUGAGUCAGGUUAGGAUUGUGGGGAUGCAAGGGAAUUGA